UGUGUCAUCACUUCCUGUUUCCCCUUCCUAUUUCCUGUCUCAGGGGGAAGAGUGAAGACCUGGAAGAGAAGGUGGUUCAUUCUGACAGACAACUGCCUGUACUACUUUGAGUACACAACAGAUAAGGAGCCUCGUGGGAUCAUCCCCUUAGAGAACCUCAGUAUCAGAGAGGUGGAGGAACCCAGGAAACCAAACUGCUUCGAGCUCUACAACCCCAACCACAAGGGUUCGGUGAUCAAGGCGUGUAAGACGGAGGCGGACGGCCGGGUCGUCGAGGGUAACCACACGGUGUACAGGAUAUCGGCGCCCACAACUGAGGAGAAGGAGGAGUGGAUCAAGUCCAUCAAGGCGAGCAUCAGCAGGGAUCCCUUCUAUGAUAUGUUGGCCACCAGGAAAAGACGGAUUGCCAACAAGAAGUGAGCAGGGACACCCCUCAUCCCAGGACACCCCUCAUCCCAGGACAUCCCUCAUCCCAGGACACCCUCAUCCCAGGACAUCCCUCAUCCCAGGACAUCCCAAACUGGGACACCCCAAACCCCCCUUCCUCAGCCCACCAAUCCUCUUUCCCAGACAGACCUUACUCAUGAAGUUAAACACCCCUUCCACACUCCCCCUCCCUCUCCCCUCUCUCUCACCCAUCCAUCCCUCCCUCCACUCCCACGGACAGACUCCACUCAUGAAGUUCCCUCCUUACUAUCCCUCUCCCCCUGGACCCCCAGAGCCCAACUUGUCACUAGAGAGAUGAUGGCCAACCAAAGAUAGCCAUCUGACCCUUCAGACCCUGAUAGAACUCGCACCCGGUCUUGAAGACAACAAGGACAGUCUCCGGUCUUGAAGACAACCCCCGUCCCCAUUCUGGACACUUCCCCAGCCCUGGCUGCAGUACCAGGGGCUGGAGUUACAGGGACAUGACGUCCCAGGACUAAAGUAGAGGACCAACACAGGGAGACAACCCUCUAUAGGACCAGUGUGGUUCAGCCACACUACAGAUUACCGAGGGAAGCCAGUGGGAUGUAUUAACACACAUUCUCUCUCUCUGUCUCUCUCAUCUCUUUACUCCCCCACACUGCCCUCCUGUGUUCCCCACAUUCCUUCUGAUUACGUCCAUGUGUUUCUAGCAGGGGUUGGAGCAGAAAUUAUUUCCCAAUCGUUCCAUUCCGAGCAGAACCCCCUUUUUGUUUUCAUUCCGUUCCAGUGUUCCGACCAGAAAAUAAAGUUCUGAACCAGUUCCAACCAUCAAAAAGUAACAGCUUAUAUAGAUCCUUUUCAUAAAAUGUUUAACCUGUGAAAUCAACAUGCAUUUAGCAAAUUUUUACCCCAACAAUUUUUAUCCACCAAUUAGUGCCGAUAGAGCAGCUUGCUAUGGAACGGGUUAGAUUGUUGUUUACAUUUUUAUUUGGUCACAUAAGUGCAGGUGUGAGAUGCGACUGAAAUUGAAUGGGUGGGGCAAGAGUGUGAGAGAGAGAGAGGGGUGGACAUG